UUUCCACUUGUUCGUAGCCAGUACCCUAGUCCAUUGCAGACUCUCUACAUCUAUUGACUAUAUUCUCUCCACCGCGGCACCGCUUCCCCUUAUAUGUCUACAACAGGGCUACCUGUUUGUAUUAUCGGUUUCUCCAAAAACAUGGCGACCCACCGUCCAUGUCUUCUUACUUUCACCCUUUCCCUUCCUCUUCUUCUCUGCUUCCUUUCCUUCUCUCUUCCCGUCCACUCCGACGAUGCGCAAGUCAUGAACCUUCUCAAACAGAGCAUCGAAAACUCCGACUCUCUCAGAUGGUCCGACCCCGACCCAUGUAACUGGGCUUACAUUAGAUGCGACGGAUCGAAGCGGAUCCACGCCAUCCAAAUCAAGGGCUUGAACCUCAGUGGCACGCUUCCCAACGAGCUCCGGAACCUCUCCGCCAUGACCCAGUUCGAGGUCCAGCAAAACCAGUUCACCGGUCCAUUCCCCAGCUUUGCAGGCCAUGGCUCGCUUCUCACAAUCAUAGCCCACACCAACCGCUUCACUUCCUUCCCCACCGAUUUCUUCACCGGCAUGACGGCCUUGCAAUCAAUAGCCAUCGAUUACAACCCCUUCUCUCCGUGGACCAUCCCGGAGAGUAUCAAAGACGCAACUUCGCUAAAGUUCUUCUCGGCCAACAGCGUCAAUCUCACCGGUGAAAUCCCAGACCUUUUCAGCACUUUGGUAAGUUUGGCGGACCUGCAUUUGGCCUUUAAUAAACUCCAAGGCGAAUUGCCUCCGAGCUUUGCGGGUUCGGGAAUUCAGACCCUUUGGUUAAACGGACAGCAGGGUAAUAAUAAGCUUAAUGGUACAAUUGCGGUGCUGGCCGGUAUGGAAUCCUUGACUUCUGUUUGGUUACAUGGGAACCAGUUAACGGGUCCGAUACCGGACUUUUCCAGAGUGGAACGCUUGCAGGAUGCUAGUUUUAGGGACAACCAACUAACGGGUAUUGUUCCGGCAUCAUUGGUGAAUCUUCCAAACCUUAUAACAGUGAACUUAACGAAUAAUUUGCUUCAAGGGCCGCGGCCGACGUUUGGUCGGAAUGUGAACCUUGACAUGAGGGAAGGCAGCAAUAGUUUCUGCACGGAAAACCCCGGUGGUGCCUGCGAUGGGCGUGUUAAUGAUUUGCUAUCGGUUGUGGAGGCGUUCGGUUACCCGGAAACUUUUGCAGAGAAUUGGAAAGGAAAUGAUCCUUGUAAUAACUGGAAGGGGAUUGUAUGCGUUGGCGAUGGCAACAUUACGAUUGUUAAUUUUCAGAGAAUGGGUCUCUCAGGGACGAUUUCUCCGAAGUUUUCUCUGCUUGCGUCGAUGCAAAAAUUGAUUCUGUCUGAUAAUAAUCUGACAGGUACUAUCCCUACCGAGCUAACGGCAUUGCCUAAUCUUAAGUUUCUCAACGUUUCAAACAAUAAACUGCAUGGUAAUGUCCCAUCUUUUAGAAGUAAUGUGGAAGUGAUUACAGUUGGGAACCCUGAUAUAGGAAAGGAUUUUUCUCCACCGGGUUCACCUUCCAAUCCAGAUGGUGGUGGUGGUGGUGGUGGUGGUGAUGGAAAUGUUAAGAAACAAUCCAAGGCUGGUGGAGCGAUUGUGGGGGGUGUUUUCGGCUGUGUUGGCGCGUUGCUAUUAGUUGGAGUUGUUGGUUUCUGUCUGUUUAGACGAAAACAUUAUCGUUCUGGGAAAGUACAAAGUCCACAUACUGUUGUAAUACAUCCGCAACAUUCAGGGGAACAGGAUGCCUUGAAGAUCACUGUUGCUGAGCGUAGUGUUAAUGGUGGAGCGAAUGAAGCUUUCAGUCCCGGAAGUAAUGGACAUGGUGACAUUCACGUUGUGGAGGCUGGUAGUAUGGUCAUUUCCAUUCAAGUUUUGAAGAACGUGACCAACAAUUUCAGCGAGGAAAAUAUAUUGGGUAGAGGGGGAUUUGGAACUGUUUACAGAGGAGAGUUGCAUGAUGGGACGAAGAUUGCAGUGAAGAGAAUGGAAUCGGGGGCAGUGGGUGAAAAGGGCCUUUCUGAAUUCAUGUCUGAGAUUCAAGUUCUUACUAAGGUUCGACACAGACACUUGGUUGCUCUUCUUGGGUACUGUUUGGAUGGAAAUGAGAAGCUUCUUGUCUAUGAAUACAUGCCUCAGGGGACUCUUAGUCAGCAUCUAUUUAACUGGAGAGAGAUAGGGUUGAAAUCACUUGAAUGGACAAGAAGGUUGACCAUUGCCUUGGAUGUCGCCAGAGGUGUUGAAUAUCUACAUGGUUUGGCCCAUCAAAGCUUUAUCCAUAGGGAUCUUAAACCAUCCAACAUUCUUCUUGGAGAUGAUAUGAGAGCAAAAGUUUCAGACUUUGGAUUGGUUCGACUUGCUCCAGAAGGAAAAUUCUCCGUUGAGACUAGACUGGCUGGAACUUUCGGGUAUCUCGCUCCCGAAUAUGCAGUGACUGGAAGGGUGACUACCAAGGUUGAUGUUUAUAGCUUUGGUGUGAUUCUAAUGGAGCUGAUCACUGGUAGAAAAGCACUGGAUGAAUCCCAGCCUGAAGAAAGGUUGCACCUAGUCACAUGGUUUCGCAGAAUGCACCUUAGCAAGGAUACAUUCCAGAAGACCAUCGACCCAACUAUUGAACUGGACGAGGAAACCCGUGCCAGCAUUAGUACUGUUGCAGAGUUGGCUGGUCACUGCACUGCGAGGGAGCCCUAUCAGAGGCCCGACAUGGGCCAUGCAGUGAAUGUGCUUUCAUCUCUUGUUGAGUUCUGGAAACCAGCAGAACCAGAUGCCGAGGAUAUGUAUGGAAUUGACCUUGAUAUGCCAUUGCCACAAGCACUCAAAAAGUGGCAGGCAUCCGAGGGAAUUAGUAAUUUGGAUGAAUCAUCUUCUUCAUCUUUCCUUGCUAGUGGGGACAAUACCCAAACUAGUAUUCCAACUCGUCCAUCCGGGUUUGCAGAAUCAUUUACAUCGGCAGAUGGACGUUGAAGCUUGGGAAUGAAGUUGGGUUAUUCUUGAUGGCUCCAACUGCUUCAUCUUUUCUAUUCCUUCUACCCUUUGCUCCUUACUCUUCUUUUUUUUUUUUCCCUUCUUUUGUGAGGUUGUCCUCUAUGCUUUUUUUCUUCCUAUAAUAUUUGAAUUUUGGACGGUUCUCAUUUUAAGAUUAUACAGGGGAAGCUGAUCUUUAAUGAU